CUGUUUCGUUGUCAUUUGCAAACAAAUAUUUAUGUUGAUUUAGGAUUUUAUUAUUAUAUUAAUUUAGCUCUUAGAGAAUGCCUUGUACAAAAUGCAAGUCCGACUUUACCUUGUUCAACUGGAAGAUCCGAUGCGGAGAAUGUGAAGACAAGUAUUGUAACAAGUGCUUGAAGCGGAAAGACGGUGUAUUAUAUUGUGAUGUGUGUUUAGUUUUAAUUAAAAGGCCCCCGGAUCGAGUUAAGUUAAUGGAACUGAAGUCAAAGGAUCUCAGAGAUUAUUUGAAUAAGAAUAAUGUGUCCACUUACGGGGUGGUUGAAAAAAAGGAGAUGGUUGAUCUGUUGUGCAAUAAAUGUAUUCCUGAGAGGCAAAGGAAGGGCGUGGACAAAUUGACGGCCAACUUUGGGGAUCAACUGCGGCCAUUUAACGGACUUAUCAGUAACUUGGAGUCAGUCAUUUCAGACACAAGAGGCGCCCCUAAACCUAGCACUGAUCAGAUGAAUAGAUCAAGUCCCGCAGCACAUCAGCCUACAUCAAGUAGUGCCCCAGUAUACGCACAUACAGUGGCUGCGCCCAGUUAUUCGGGCAUAGAUGUACACUCGGAACCUUCUGCUCCCCCAUAUGAAGAACCUGCUGACAGGCCAACUACCUCACAUAUUCCCCAAAACGUCGAGUUUACUCCAGAAUCAAGCCCUCUAGGCCAGAGACGUCCAAAACUUGAAGACUUCAAUAACGUUGAGGAGCUAAAAGAACUGUCUUCAAAGCAAUUAAAAAUUCUCCUAACAUUCAACAGAGUGGAGUUUAAGGGCUGCAUUGAGAAAGAUGAGUUGCUAGAACGCGCUCAAGCACUUUGGGAAGACAAUAAAAAGCAUAAGGAUAUCCCAGAUAAUGUGCCAUUAGACGAAUUGUGCAAGCUCUGCAUGGAUGCACCCUUAGACUGUGUUUUACUGGAAUGUGGCCACAUCACGACAUGCAUUGACUGUGGCAAAAGAUUGGCCGAAUGUCCCAUCUGUCGACGAUUCGUAGUGAGAGUAGUUAGAACAUUUAAAGCUUAAAAUUACCUUUAUUAAAAUAUAUUCAAAAUUUUACAAGCAGCUCAUCUGCAAGCCAUUAUACCUAUAUAUACAAUGUGCCCUUUAUUAAGUUGCAUUUAUUUUUCUACAUGUUUAAAUCUGCUUUUACCUCCCGAUGUAUUCCGCAUGAACCCAAGCCAGAUAAUGGCUUACAGCUGACUGCUGUACGUUUUCGAAAUGUGAUUUUUAGAAUAUUUUGGUGAUAGCUUAUCAGUUUAAGCAAAAUUUGUUGAAUGUUAUGAACUAGUAGAGUAAGGCCCAAAUGUUUUUGUUACAAUAGUUUUUCAAAUAUGUUUUGAAGGUGAUGCAAGCCAAUUUGUCCCUAUUUCAAAUUCUGUAUAAUCACGAUAGUCCGAACUAAUUAUUGCAAGGGCAAAUUCUAAUUUUUGUUUAAAUUGUUCGGAUUAACGAUUUUUUUUUACUGUAAGUAAAAUUUCUUUAUUUUUAUUGUAAAUUUUAUUAGCUUAAUUACAAAUUCCUUACGUACAUAAGAUGCGUAGAUUAAAGAAAUAACUGUGUAUAUAAAAUGGCUUAUAUUUUAUACAUACAUGUAUGUGUAAGUCUAAGUCGAUGUAAAAAACUGGUGAUUUUUGUUGGUUUA